GUAUUUAAAAGGGAGGGGGGAUAGAAAAAUACUCGAUACAGUUAGUAGAAGUAGUGUUGCAAAGUCUUUUGCAGUGUGCAGUCGAAUACUUUUCUUUAAGUAAAUUUUUAAAAUAAAAUAAAAAAUUUUAUUACGUUGUUACAAGAAAAUAUCAAGUUGAUGUCCAGAAGUUAAACUAUAAUUUUUCUACUCUAAAAAUAUUGAAGACUUCAAUAAAUUUAGUACAAUGCUGUCAAUCCCAAAGUCGGAAAAUUUCAAAUAUAUUUAUAAUUUACCAUAUAUUGCACGCGUAGAGCUUUGUAAUUUAUUAAAUAAUAAUAAUCAAUGGGAAGAACUUGCCGGCAAGUGGAUGCAGUAUGAUGUGUUUACAAUCCAACGCCUCAGAAGAGAAGAUAAUCCUACGGAUAAAUUAUUAACUUUAUGGAGUAUCCAUAAUCACACUAUUUUAGAAUUAUUCGUUUUGCUAAAAAAUAUUAAGCAGCAUCAGGGAAUAAAGUUAUUGAGACCUUUCGUUGAAGAUAAAUACUAUUGGUUAUUAGAAAGUAGAGAUGAUAUUUUGAAUCGAGCCAAUUCAUUACCUCAAGUGCCGUUUGAAGAACUCACUUUAGCGACAAACGGUUGGGAUGAUCUAAAAAUAAUAGGCAAAGGUGGCUUUGGAAUAGUUUAUCGAGCUACGUGGAAAAAUACAGAAGUUGCAAUAAAAAAAUUAAAAAACAAAAACAUCGAUAAUCAGAAUAAAGCACUCGAGCAAUCAUUAAAAGAAAUAAAAAUAUUGCAUUCGCGGCCACAUGAAAAUAUUCUUGUGCUUUAUGCAUUCAGUAUAAGUGGCGAAACUCCAUGUCUUGUGUAUCAAUUUAUGGCAAAUGGAUCUCUUGAGGAUUGGCUACUGUUGCGUAAUCAGAGAUCACCAGCUUUAACGUGGCUCCAACGUUAUGAGAUCAUCAAAGGAGUUACCAAAGGGUUACAAUAUUUGCAUACUAUCGACAAAAAACCGUUAAUUCAUGGCGAUAUAAAAAGUGCCAAUAUUUUGUUAGGCAAAAAUUUUGAACCGCGAAUUGGAGACUUUGGUUUGGUAAAAGAAGGACCGACUAAUGGCUUCAUAAAGGUUAGCAGACCACAAGGAACAAGGCCAUACUUACCUGAAGAAUUUUUGAAAAAUAAAAUUCUUUCAACUAAAGUUGAUGUCUAUAGCUAUGGAAUCGUUUGCUUAGAAGUAGUGACUGGAUUAUCAGCUUAUGAUUCCUCUAAAGGAUUAUUUCUAAGAGAUUAUGUGAACAUUUGGAUUGAUCAGAAUGUUUCACUGCAAGAUAUAAAAGCUGGUGAUGAAAACGUUAAUAUAUUUUAUCAUUUACUUACAAUUGGCAUGUGGUGUUCCACUAAAGUUCCUAUUGAUAGGCCUGAAAUGGAACUUGUUUUUAAACAAUUAGAUGACUUUUAAUGAUAAUUCUUCAAAAUUCAUCGGUCGCAGGGAGUGUAAAAAAGUCGCUUUGUCAAAAAGACUUGGGUUUUUAACUGAGGACGUCAAUUUAUUGAAUUACGUGACAUCCUGUCACUUUUUCAAGCUUCGGAAAAUGUAAACUAAAAUUUUAAUGUAUAAACUACUAUACCAACAAAUUAAAUUUGACUGUUGGUCAAGUUUCUUCUUCAUUGACACAUGUACUUACACAAAAAUUAAAUUUAAUCAUACAUUUUAUAAAUGCUGUCAUUUAUAUUAUUAUUCAUAAGUUUGGAAUAGAAGUGAAUAAGAUGAUAAAAUUAUAUUUAUAUUGAGAUGUACCUCGAUAAUGUUAUCUUCUAUUUAUUGUAGGGGAUGGUUGGGUGUCACAGUGGUCAUAACAGAACACAUUGAACGAAAUACGAACAUUAAUCGGCGUCGAAGAAUCAAAUGGGAGGUGAUGCCUCCGCGAUUCUUCGACAUCAAUCGAUGAAGCGAUCGCUACAAAUGACCGCUUUGACACCCAUACCCGGUCUCCCCUAUACUGCAUAUAUUGUCUUUAUUGCUUAUGUAAAGAAAUUGUUUUGUAAAUACAUUAAUGCUUGUCAAGUGUUUUUAUGAGGGUAAACAUCCUAUCGUUACCCAAAUCAUAGUCAUUCCAAUAAACAGCUUUCAAAAAAAAAUAUAAACCCAAAAUUUUUUUUGGUUCUC